UCGACUUGAGCGAAAACAUACUUCUGUGUAGGAAUAUUUCUAAUUUUGCGCCGAAAAGUUUUACGACGUAAAUUUUUAUAGAUGUGUAGUUGUCGAAGGGGGCUUAUCUCCUAUAUUCGUGUUUAGUAAUGGAAUUAGACAAGGAAUCUUUAAUUUUCCUAAUACAGAAGUAUAAAGACCAUAAAUUAUUGUGGGAUCGUGACCAUAAGUGGUAUUUUAAUAAAACUAAGAAAAACAAUGCGUGGAAAGCCAUAGCAGACUCGAUCGGAAUCACCGCUGAGGAUGCAAAAAAGAAAAUAUCAAGCCUUCUGGGAUCUUUCAGGCGAGAAAAAUCAAAGGGCUUCAAAUCAAUUGGAACAGGUGGAGGAGCUUCGAAAGUAUACAAAUCAGACUGGUUUGCAUUCAAGAGUUUUGAUUUCCUUUUAAACAACGACAAUGUGUUGGAAACACCCAAAUCAGAACGGAUAAAGGAACGUGUCACUAAAGCUCAAAUUGCCGACGUCGAUACUGAAAUCAGCAUUGCACACGAACAGAGUGCAGAAAAGACAUGCGCAAGUUCUUCUAGUUUCGAGGAAAUUGAAAGGACUUUUGCAAAACCUCAACCACCCAGGAAAAAAUUAAAAAGGACCCACAAGAUUGAUAAUCAGGGAGAUCCGCUAGUCGAAAUGGCUUAUACAGUUUUACAGCAGUCCUUGGAACCAGAAGAUGCAACAAAGAAAUAUACAGAUUAUCUUGCUGCAAAGCUAAAUCAAUUCGAUUCAAUGACAAAAUCCAUUUUAAUACACAAAAUUAAUAAUUUAAUAUUUGAGGCGGAAAUGAGGAAGUAUUCAGGUUCAACAUCUUCAUCAGGAUUUAGUCCUUCAUCUACACCUACCCUUAACCCAUCUCCCUCUAUUUCUCUUCUGGCCAAUGAUACACAACAGACAGGUUUGAACAAAUUGUAAGGACAUGUACAUAUAUAUAUCUCACAAAUUAAUAAAUUUGCUUCUUAUA